AUGUCUCUUCAGUUUAGAGGUGAAACGCGUUGGGGUAAGAUUGUAGUAAGGCCGGAACGAGUCGACAGCGCGUGGAUUCAUAGAAGCUAUGGAAUACGUGACGGAUAUGAACAGGUUUCCCUUCCGAUCGAAUUGAAUUCAGCUCUACACCUUCGUUUUUGGAACUUCGUCAAUCACACUCAACCGGACAGUCUUCAGCCACCAACCUAUAACCCCCUCCUUAACAGUUUGACAAGUGCACCUUUAAUUCAGCCUGAUGAUUUGGCACAAAUACAGCAGAACUUUGCUACAAAUAUGGGAAAUGUGCAAAGUACUUACAACCGCUUGCCAGCAGUUUCUAUCUACUACCCGUUAAUCGAACAAUGUUACAAUCGAAUAUUCUAUAACGGGGAGCAGCACAGUAAAUGCAAAGGACCGGAACUGUGCGAUUUGCCACAGUUCCCUGGAGUACGAUGUGUGAAUGUGAAGAGUAAAUAUGAAACGUUUGAAGGUUACGAAAGGAUCUUCCUUCAUCGUCUUGUUGACGCUCAUUUUGAGCGUAGUGAUCUCGGCUGUACUAUGUAA